GAACCUUUGAAACUUCACAAAGCCCAUUUGGGUUUGUACCUCUUGCAGCUCAUACGCUGCAGUCUUUUAAAACAAUACAGCCACAAUGGCAAUUUUAGGUCAACCAGAAAUCCACGUUUGCGGGCAAUUCUUCUUAUAAAUACCCCAGCCUUCCAAGACUGGUGAUUUUUUAUGUUUAAAGAGACUCAGACGACAGGUCCAAAGAACGAAGAGAGAAACAUACAUUUUUUUUGUCGGCACUCAGCUCGAUACAUCUUAGACACUCAUAAAGAUGUCGACUCAAUUAUUCAUUCUUUUAUUGUUAUGCCUUUUUUUCAACGGGCAAGCUUUCGCCCAAGUUGUCAGGAGAGAAGCGAUUGAGGAUUCAGCGACUGCCACUCAUUAUCCCAGCACCCUGGACUUAAAACCUCGCCCUAUUAUCCCCCAGUCACGCAAAAUUCCUCGCCAUUGUCUUGCAAUUAGUUCCAAAAGUUCUGACCACAAAUCCAGAAGUGCCGGAAAGGAACCAAUGUCCGUUACAUCCAUCGAUGUUCAUUUGACAAGUAAGUCUGAAGCGAGACAAACAGCUAAUUCUGAAAGCAGAAAGUUGAGUGUUUACAGUAGUCCUACUGUUUCCAAUACGAUGAAAUCAAAUAGACAUCUGACUGAAAUGAGGACUUCUACAUACAGCAAUAUGUUUUCACAAGAGACAAAUAAGUUUAUCCCUGUUUCGGAAGGGGAUAUUGCUUUGAGCAUCUAUACGAAUGUCAAAAACGCUUCCACGGAAACAAUAUUUUCGGGUGCUCCCACUCUGUCCGCAAGUUACGAGAGUGGUGUAGCAUCAGUGAGUGGGACAAAAGAAAAUCCAAUUCUAGAUCUCACAGUCUUGCAUGGCCCGAAUGAAAUUACUAUCAACGAUUGGUCUUUUGCCUCAGAGACUACUACAGGAUUCGGUUCUUCUUCUGUAUUUGGGGGAGCGAGUGUCACUGAAAGCUUAAAUUUUGUUACCGACACCGACAUCCCAAUUUCAUCAAUGAUUUCGUCCACAGUAUAUCUGCUGUCAUUUGGGAUGCACCCGUGGAACCAAUCUAUCACAGAUAGAUCAAAGUCUCACCGCUCUGAACGAGCACAUUCUAGCUCUGUCACUUCCGAUGCGAUCACAAGCUCAAGAGCUUCUGAAAAGUCUGCAGUCCACUCCAGACAAUCAAGCGUCAGCUCUCGUGAGCCUGCUUCCAGCUCUAGAUUAUCCAGCUCCAGCCUUGAUAGAUCUAGAAAAUCUAGCGCAACCUCUUCCCACAUGCCUUCACUGAUAGAUAAAACCUUAACUUUCGCAUCAAAACCUCUGUGCAAUUCAUACAAAAAUUUAUUUGAAAAAAUUGCAGAUGUCAAUCCCGCUGAAUUUCAUGAAGCCAAAGAUCAUCCAAUUAAAAUUCCUCCCGGUGUCUCUAAUUUAAUUCCUUUUCAAACAAACAGGUUCUACACCAAUAUGUUUAUGGGAGACCAGAAAGGACCAGUUUACACUUACCCGUACAUUGUUUACUGGGAAAAAAAAGACUUUUUUGGAAUGGGAAUUCAAAACGUCGACAUCAAUCACAGAGUAUAUGACGGCGUGGGUGCACAGCCUGGUACAAAUAAAUUCUACUACAACCCGCCCCACAGAGCUGGUAUUUUUAUUGGUGCAACUUCCAUCAAAGAAGACAGUUGUCAUUUAAGGAUGUCAGACAUGAAAUCAUUAUCAGCUGAGGCUAAGAUUUCUUCUGAGUCAGAUUUCAAGAGAUAUAUUGCAUUUCCUUUGGUCGAGGGUAUGGGAUUUGUUACAGCUGUGUACAAUGGGGACUUGAUCCCAAAAAUUCAGGGUAGGGAAGGGAUCCUGACAUUUGAAAGAUUGCGUUUCUCAGAAAAGUCCAGUAAUACCCAAUUUUAUCGAGCCAAGGGUGGAAACUUAGAGACAUGGUUGAUAUCAGUGACCCUCCCAAAUAUCGAUGAGACGUUUGAACUAUCUAAAAACAAAAACGGAGCCAUUCACUACGUUGAAGGUUCAAAAGCUGUGGACGGUCUUAUUAUUCAGAUCGCAAUUACAUCUGAAAGUGACUUCAAGACAGAAAAAGUAUACCAACAAGCUGCCGGAAUGUAUGUCACGGGUACUAAAAUUUCUGGAAGCGUGAGCUGUGGAACAGUCGACUACAAGAUUCAAUACGAGACGAAAGGAUCCUCUAAUUUCGGUAAGCCCAUUAUCUUCGCGUUACCCCAUCAUAUUGGAUUGUUUGAUGAGCGAAUGAACGCGCGAGCACAACAGAUAAUUCAGCUAACGACGACAAAAGGGACAAUGCAAGGGUAUUUAUCUGAUGAGCUCCUUUUCUCUCAUGAAGUUGACAAUAAGGUUCAGUGGUUGCCUUACUUGAAAAGAAACAAUGAAAAGCUCAAGUACACGAAAGAGCAAAUCGAACUAAUUCGUGAAACUGCUAAGAAAGAGCUUGAAGGAGUGGAUAUUGAACGAACAGUCUUGGAUAUCGAUAGCCAUUAUUUUGCGGGUAAAGCUCUUGACAAAUUUGCAUACCUUUUGUAUGUGGUUGAUGAAUUCCUCAAAGAUGAAGUUUUGACUAAGAAUGUCUUGAACUCGUUGAAGCGAUUUUUUAAAACAUUCAGAGAAAGGGAGGGUGACACAGGCUUUUUUUACGAUACAAAAUUCGGAGGUGUCACGUCAAAAAGUGCUUUUAGAAACGUUGAGAAUGGGAAAGUUGACCCUAAUAACAUCAACAUAGAUUUUGGAAAUGGGUUAUACAACGACCAUAAUUUCCAUUACUCCUAUUACAUUCAUGCAGCAGCAGUUGUUGGGAAAAUUGACAAGAAAUUUGGAGGAAAUUGGGUUGCAGACAACAAAGAUUUCAUUAACACUUUCGUCAGAGAUGUGGCCAAUCCAUCUGAAGAAGAUUCCUUUUUCCCCGUGUUCAGACUGUUCGACAUUUUUCAAGGUCAUUCAUGGGCCCAUGGUAUAACUCCUGUGACAGACGGGAAAGAUCUUGAAUCAACUUCUGAGGACGUCAAUUUUUCUUACGCGAUGAAAAUGUGGGGCCAGGUUAUUGGAGACGAGGCCAUGGAGGCAAGAGGAAAUUUAAUGUUGAGUAUCCAGACAGCAUCCUUCAAUCUUUACUUUCAAUACCAGGACGGCAACACGGUUGUGCCUCCUACAAUGUUAAAAAAUAGAGUAUCGGGUAUACUCUUUGAAGCAAAGUUGGCUUACGAAACCUGGUUUGGCGGAAAGACUGAGUUUAUUCAUGGAAUCCAAAUGUUGCCACUAACGCCUGCUCUUGGGCUGGUGAGAAAUGCAGACUUUGCUCGGACGGAAUGGGACGAAAUUCUAGGAAAAUUGGGCAUUACUGGCGCAUGGGCUGGAGUCUUAAAUUCUAAUCGGGUCUUUUUCGACCCGAAGUCAGCGUGGAAUUAUUUUGCCAAUCCUUCAUUCAAAUACAAAGAAGACAUGGACGGUGGGCAAAGCAGGACUUGGAAUUUGGUUUUUGCUGCCCCAUUUGUAAACCAGCAAAUACCCCAUACAUAAUUCGGCUGGAAAAAUCUUGUUCGUUUGAAAUUAAUUGAUAUUUUAUUAGCCAAUCAAUAGCUGAAAACAGGUAGCUCUACUAGAAAGUUCAACUAUAAUGAUGAUCCAAGUCCUCUCGUUGUUGCUUUUGCCCUGAUACUUGAUUUGUGUGUAACGUGUAUAUAAUACCAAUUUUGUCUGAAAAA